AUGAAAAGCGAAAAACAUGAAAAUAUGUUGAUGGCUAUAGCCCAAGAUUUUACCUCCAUAGAUGAUUUAAUAGAAACGUUUUUAUCAUUUCUAGAAUGUAAGACUGAUUAUUUUCAUUUAAUGAUGAGUGAAGACGAUAUACAAACUCUAUCUAAAAGAUAUGAUGGCGAUAUACUAAAAAACAUUUUAAGUAAUAAUAGACGUGGGUUUAAAGCACAUAACAGGGAACAAAAUUUAAUGAAAUUAUUUCGAAAACAUCAAUUAAAUUAUAUAAUUAAAGAACAACCUUAUAUAAUUGAAAAUGAAGAAAUAAAAAAUAAAUAUUUACCACCUUGCGAUGAAUUAAAAAAAUUAAAUAAUUUUAAAAUUCUAGAGACUAAGAAUACACAAAAGGCGGAGCAAGAAAAAAGAGACUCUGCACCAAUUCCAUUUAAUACCGUUACAAGUGAAAAUCAUAUAUCAACAUGGAACGGCGGGAAAACUGAAAAAUAUUUUUGGAAUCAGACUUUAAACGAAAUAAACAUAGAAAUGCCCAUGUAUAAAGAAGUUAAAACUAGCGAAAUAAACGUUGAAAUAUCGAAUAAAAAUAUGAAAGUCUGUCACUUGAACGAACUAAAAUUGGAAGGGACCUUUUAUGAAGAAGUCAACAAACAGGAAUGUAUGUGGAAUAUAGAAGAUAAAAAGAAAAUAAUAUUUUUUUUAGAAAAAAAAAGAGAAAAUUGGUGGCCUUGUGUAUUAAAGGGAGAUCCUGAAAUCGACACAACAAAAAUCGAAUCAAAAAAGAAUUUAACCGAUUUUGAUGAAAAAACGCAAGGAGAAAUAAGGAAAUUUUUGCAUAAACAGAAAUUAAAAAAUGAAGAUAUUGCAUCAUCUGAAGAAUUAAGAGAAGAGGUUUUGCUAAAAAAUGUGAUGGAUAAAAAAAGAUAUCCAUUUAUCAAUUAA